AUGUCGUCCACCGAGCCGGUGAAGAUGUCUCUAGUUGUAAAAUUAAAUCGCUUCAAGGUACUACGAUGCCGAAGCGAAAAAUUCGUCCGCCUGGAGUUUCGAGGUUUCGAAAAGUACUCCACCAUCAACAAGAGUCAUCAAGAACUACUCUUUAUACAAGAGACCUUCGAAUGGCCGGUGGUGGAGGUUUUGCUACCAGGCGAGGUGCUCACCGUGCAGCUCAUCAUGCGCGGGAGGUUCGGCAGCCCUCAUCUGAUGGGGGUCUACCGCCUCGGGAUGCACAUCCUCGUUAAUGAUGGCCAGCUGACCGUCACCGACAGCCUUGUAGAUGACAACAACAAGUCUGUGCCGGUCUUCAUUGACAUGGAUGUCUUCUACAUCCCGCAAGAUCUUGUGAGAGAGAGAGAUGCUUUAGAAGCAGAAGGAAGAGCGGUGGUCGAAGUUCACCGCCGGCCUGAUGGUGAUUUGCCAGGGAUACACGUCCCUCGGCCGCUGCACCGUGCAAUACGUGAUCACAUGAUGAAUCCUAUGCCAGGACCGUCUACUAGUAGGGACCCAGAUCCCCUACCAAUAGUGAUGGAUCCGGAGCCAGAACCCGAAAUCGAAACAGUCCCCAUGGAAGUAGAUGAGGACACUAAAUACUUGGAUGAACUCGAGCGCAACAUAGCCGCAGCUGAGCGCUCCAUACAAACACAAGAAGUCGUCGCUGACGUUGAACCAAGUGAUGAAUCAAGAUCCCAACGACUCAAAAACGUCGGCAAAAAGAUUCUAAGCAAAGGAUUGUCUUUUGGCGGUGAUAAAACCGUGAGACUCGUAGAGAGCACCUCGCCCCAAAACAGACCUUCUACCAGCACUGGCAGGCGUACUUCGCCUUUGAGAACUAUGAGAAAUCUGAUUCGAUUCGGCCGAGCUCGUCGUGUCAGCAGUGACGAGGAACAAGGCCUGCUGGAAUGUCAACCAGGACCGUCUUCAGCUCCUGAUAGACCAAUGAGUCAAAAUUCUGAAAACUCCGAUGAAAUGCUCGUUGAUACCAGUACAGACGCUGACGUACUCAAUUUGCGUAAAAUACGGACAACUGUAGACACUGGCCGUGCUACGGCCAUGAAGGCUACUGACUUUCAAGUAUGCGUUACGAUAAUCGAGGCUCGCCAGCUGGCCGGCCUCAACAUGGACCCCGUGGUGUGCAUUCAGGUGGGAGAGAUUCGCAAGUACACCAGCGUCAAGGACAGCACAAACUGCCCCUACUACAAUGAGUACUUCGUGUUCGACUUCCACAUGCCACCGGUGAUGCUAUUCGACAAAAUAAUUACAUUAUCGGUGCUGCAGUCGAGACACAUUCUUCGAACGAACAAACUCCUGGGCACUUUCAAACUUGACGUAGCAACGGUGUGGAAUCAACCGGACAGACAAUUCUAUCACAAGUGGGCGCUGCUGACUGACCCUGACGAUGUCAAUGCUGGCCCCAAGGGAUACCUCAAAUGUGACAUCAGUGUCAUUGGUAAAGGUGACACUGUCAAAGUACCACCAAAGAGUGAGAAAGAUGAAGAUGACAUUGAAGCUAACUUACUGCUACCCGACGGCAUGCCUGUUGAGCGCCAACGUGCCCGUUUCUUCAUCAAGAUCUAUAAAGCCGACGGCCUCCCCAAGAUGAACUACAGCCUCCUGGCUAAUGUCAAGAGAGCCUUCACCGGCGAGAGUCAAGAUCUCGUGGAUCCCUACGUUGAAGUCAGCUUUGCUGGGAUGACGGGAUGUACAUCAGUAAAAAAGAAUUCCUACUCUCCAGUCUGGAACGAACAGAUCGUAUUCACUGAGAUGUUUCCACCGCUGUGCCAACGUCUUAAGAUACAACUAAAAGAUGACGAUGCCGUCCACCCUGGCAUCAUUGGCACUCACUUCAUUGACUUGCAAACUAUUUCCCACGAAGGCGACAGAGGUUUUUUGCCAACCUUCGGGCCAGCAUACAUCCACAUGUACGGGUCCACUCGCGAUUACAGUCUUUUGGACCAACAUGCCAAUCUGAAUACCGGAAUAGGAGAAGGUGUUUCCUAUCGCGCGAGACUACUCAUUGCGAUCCGAACUGAGAUUAUGGAGAUAAUAGAAAAUCCCUCAACUGAUGUAGAGGUUGAACCGAUCGUAGCAGUAAAUGAACAUCUCUAUGAAAAACACGAGGAGUUCUUUUUGUUCUCCUGCUUAUUUGACGUGAACAUGAUCGAUAAACGUCUCACUGAUAAACCCAUUCAGUUCGAGUUGAGCAUUGGGAAUGCUGGCAACGUCCUCGAUGGGAAUAAAGAAUCCAUGAGGAGACCCCAGGACUUAAAUGUUCCAGACUUGAAUGAUCUCAGCGCCGAUUCAGGCUUCUGGCAGAGCGUUUCUCAGCCAACCAAAGCUAUUUCAUCUGACAAGAACUAUUACUUUUUACCAUACUGGGACUUGAAACAAUGCAUGCACGUACGCAGCAUCUGGCCCGACCAUCGCCGCCGCAUGUACAACUCUAACAUGAUUUACAAGAUUAUCGAGCAAUUUGAGGAAGGUCUCGAUAACGCACAAAAUGCUGUUGAAACGGAUGAUGGACCAGACAGCAGCUGUGUCGCAUACAUGAAAUCUGUUCUUGAUUCAGUGAGUGCGUCAUGCAUCAACUACUUAGACCACAUGGGCAAUAUGCCUAUAGGAGGGGGCACAAAACUUGAUCGUGAGAGGCAUAAAUUAUGCCUAACAGAAAUUGAGCAAAUGAGCACUUUAACAAAGAGUCUUAAGGCUCUAGUAACUAAACAUUCCAUCAAGGAUCGCAUUCGUACCGCGUAUACUUAUCUGAAUAGACUAAAACAUUUGUGUGAAGACCCACAACACGCGAUGCCAGACGUUUUCAUCUGGAUGAUAAGUAAUGGGAAACGCCUGGCUUAUCACAGAUUCAGUGUCAGAGACUUAAUCUUUUCGGAAUCUAUGGAGGAACGUGGAAAACUUUGUGGGAAAAUGCAGACACUGUUUUUGAAGUGGCCGGGUAAAAAAGCUACAUCUCCAAGCGGUUGGUCAAUUCCCGCUAAAAUUAACGUCUUCGUAUGGCUUGGGACGUUACAAGAUAAGAAACAUUUCCUUGAGACUCUUCCAACUGGCUAUGAACUUAGUCAAGAAGUUAAAAACGCAGAUAAACCUAGAGCGCUUGCUCCUGAAACUUUAUUCUACGCAGAGAAACAUAAUUUCCAAAUGAGAGCAUAUAUUUACCAAGCGCGUUCGUUGAUUGGUUCAGACUCCUCAGGACUAUCUGACCCUUUUGCGAGAGUUGUCAUUGGUGACACUUCGGCUACUACACAAGUUAUUGAUGAAACAUUAAGCCCCACCUGGGAUGAGUUACUGGUGUUAGACGAUAUAUUGCUUUAUAGCACAAUAGAGAAAAUAAAAUCCGAUCCCCCGACAAUUGUAAUUGAAAUAUUCGAUCAAGAUAAAGUAGGAAAAUCUGAAUUUAUUGGUCGGACUUUGGCCAAGCCGACAGUAAGAACUUACGAAGACAUACGUGGUGGGCUACAGCCACCGCCCAUUUUGGAGUGGCACGAAAUUACUAGGGGUGAUGAUAAAGCUGGAGAAUUAUUAGCAACAUUUGAAAUUCUCGAGAUUCCCCCAAAGGGAAAUGCGUCAGUGUUACCGGCCCUGCCGGACCCAAAAGAAGUAGUUAGGAAAGAAUUAAAUGAAAUUCAAAAAAGUAAAUCGUAUCCCGUUCCUCUAGGAAUACGACCUACUUUGUCUAGAUAUCGAGUUGAAGUAUUAUUCUGGGGUUUACGUGAUGUCAAAAGACUUCACCUUCUUACAGUAGACAGACCAAGAGUAGACAUCGAAUGUGCUGGAAAUCUUGUAUACUCGAGUGUUAUCCAGAAUGCUUCACGUAAUCCCAAUUUUCCAUAUCCCAUAAAAUAUAUUGAUGUGGAACUUCCUGAUCAAGAUCUCUACAGACCUCCAUUGACAAUCCGAGUCGUUGACUGCCGCAGUUUUGGCAGAAUCACCCUAGUGGGAACGCAUACUAUUAAUUCCAUACAUAAAUACAUUUACACUCCAAUGAGUAAACGCGAAAGAGAAAUUGAAGAACGAAAGAAGUCUAUCAUAGAACUUCAGAAUGUUGAUUUGAGAACUAAUCGAAUAAUACAAGAUGACGCAUAUGCUGUCGAAACCGAAAGAGAAAACUGUCCUUUGCUUGUGCGUGAGGGACGUAGCAUGACCUACGGAUCAGGAAUUAAGAUGCCAAUGAGGAAGAAAAUUCUUCCACGUGAUGGAAGCAAGAAGAGGAAGGGAAGUACCGAUUCCGUUUUAGAUGAUGAUGAGAGUAACAAGGACUGGUGGACUAAAUACUUUGCUUCAGUUGAAACAAUGAUUGAAGAUGAAAAAGAAAAUAAACGAGAGCGAGAUUAUCUGAGACCUCCUCAGAUUAGCUAUGUAAAUGAAAUACGUUCACCACGCGACGAACUUGGCUCUCCUCGCUUCGAUCGUGACCGUCGCAGGGACCCGCGCCCAUCGACUUCACCGAGAUCCAAGACAAGUCCAUUGGUAGCACCAAAGAAGAACGAGAUACCGCGCUCAGCUAUGACAAAAGUUUAUCCACACGAACUUGAAGCUGUACCUGAAUAUGAAGGGUUCAAAGAGUGGCUGAACUCAUUUGAACUAUAUCGCGGCAAGAAAACUGGCGAUGACAGCGAAGAUGAUAAUCGAGUUGUUGGAGUAUUUAAGGGCGCCAUUAAAGUUUACAAAUGGCCUCUACCAAGAGGAAUCGAUGAUCAUACCAUCAUGGGCUUCGAUCCCAAUAAUGGAUUUUUCCAAGGUGUCCCGAAUAACGAUCCCAUACAUGUUUUAGUCCGCGUUUAUAUUGUUAAAGCCACUGAUUUACAUCCCAUGGACUUAAAUGGAAAAGCUGAUCCUUAUAUUUCAUUACAACUUGGUUCGAAAAAGAUAAGCGACAAGGAGAAUUAUGUAUCAAAACAACUAAACCCUGUUUUUGGCAAAUGUUUUGAGAUAGAAGCUACCUUCCCUCAAGAUUCGAUGCUUACAAUUCAAGUUCUGGAUUGGGAUUUAGUAGGAUCUGACGAUUUGAUCGGAGAGACCAAAAUUGAUCUCGAAAACCGUUUCUAUAGUCGCCAUAGGGCAACUUGUGGAUUGCCUAUGAAAUAUGAAGAACAAGGGUACAACCGUUGGCGUGACGCUAUGAAACCCACCCAGAUUUUGGCAAAACUAUGCAAAGAUGGCAAGUUAGAUCCACCCAUUUAUGACUAUGGCCGGGUAAAAAUUGGCAAAACAAUUUUCAAUAUGCCAGUGAACGACGAAGAACUCUUUUCAAAUAGCGACACAGCUGAGGAACAAAUGGCACUGGUUGUUCUGCAUCGUUGGCAUGAGGUCCCUCGAGUGGGAACUCGUCUUGUAACUGAACAUGUCGAGACUCGCUCGUUGUAUAAUCCCAAUAAACCUGGAAUUGAACAAGGACGUCUUGAAAUGUGGGUGGACAUGUUCCCCAUGGAUAUGCCACUUCCAGGACCACCCGUUGACAUAUCUGCUCGCAAACCUAAAUCUUUUGAAAUGAGAGUCAUUGUUUGGAAUACUGAUGACGUGGUUUUGGAAGACGAUGCGUUCUUCACAGGAGAAAAGAUGUCCGAUAUUUACGUAAAGGGGUGGGUACGUGGACCUGAUGAUUGCCAGUGCACUGACAUACAUUACCGCUCUCUGACCGGAGAAGGUAACUUUAACUGGCGCUUCAUUUAUCCCUUCGAAUACCUGGAGGCUGAAGAACGUAUUGUGAUUUCUCGCAAGGAGUCUGUCUUCUCUUGGGAUGAAACAGAAUGUAAAAUACCAGCCCGGCUCGAACUGCAAGUCUGGGAUGCUGACCAUUUCUCAGCUGAUGAUUUCUUAGGAGCAAUAACACUGGACUUGAAUCGUUUCCCAAGAGGAGCUAAAUCAUCUAAACUAUGUACUCUGGAUAUGCUACGAAACGAUGGAUCCGUGCCAAUGGUUAACAUUUUCAAACAGAAACGUGUCAAGGGCUGGUGGCCUUUCUAUAUUAAACGCGACACCGAAGAAAUGGAAUUGACUGGAAAGGUGGAAGCUGAAAUUCAUCUCUUGACUAAGGAAGAAGCAGAGAAAGUUCCAGCUGGAUUGGGUCGCAGUGAACCAGAUCCCUUGGAAAAACCAAAUCGCCCUGACGCGUCCUUCAUGUGGUUCCUGAACCCGCUGAAAUCGAUCCGUUACAUCGUGUGGCACAACUACAAAUGGGACAUCUUGAAAUACUCUCUCAUCAUUAUUGUGGCCGUCAUGCUCCUGUUGCUGGUGUACUCAGUUCCAGGAUACACAGUGAAGAAGCUCCUCGGAGCCUAA